AUGGAUCAAACAGUAUCAGAUUCUGCUUGGAAUUAUAGUAAUUCCUGUGAUUGGACACAAAGUACAACAGUAGUAAGUCAAAUUGGAAGCUGUACAACAAAUAGUUUCUAAUAUUCUUACGUUGGAUAAACAAUAGGUAGAUAAAUGUACACAGUAACAAAUAUGCCACCACAUUUUUAAGUUAAAAUCAUAGUGGAUGGAUAUUUUCUGAAUGCAAAUAAUAACUAAAUAACAAUAAAAUAUGAUUGCAAUCCCUCAAGCACAGCUUAAAAGACAUUUCAAUACAAAGACAAUGGGUCUGCAAGUAAUAGUAUACAAAGUUAUUAAAAUUUGUGUGAUACAACUUGGUCAAGAUUUUAGUAUCAAACUUUCCUUUUAACAUUUCAGCACAAUGAUAAUGAUUUAUUGCAAUUUAGAGUUUGUGGAUCACUCGGUAAUGGAUAAAUGUAUGGAACAAGAAGUUUAUAAAUAUAUGUUGAUCGAUGUCAUUGGUCUUGCUUGAAAUGUGAAACAAGUGCAGCCAUUGAUAAAUGCAGAGUUUGCUUUACAAAUCCUACAGUUCCAUUAUCAUCAUUAGGCACAUGUCCUAACUGUCCUACUAAUAAACUUUAUAUAGAGUAUUUAGAUAGUUCUAAAGGAUGUUUUACUGAAUGUAGAUAUUAUAGAAUAUCAGAUUCAAAUAAUGUCUGUUAAUUCAAUGAAAGUAUCAUCUAAUUUUAAUAUAUAGACAUGUUACCAUUAGCUACAUAUCUAGAUACUGAUACAUUUACAACUGCUUCUCCAUUUGUUUUCAUUCCUGAUCCUAUCAAUUUUAAUAUAAUAAACGUUGAAAGAAUAUCUUAAAUUCCUUGUCAAACUUCUAAAAAUUAUGUAGGUCCCUUUUAUUCUAAUGAAGGGUAUAAAAUGUAGUUAUCAUUACCUUACAAUCUGACUUAUAUAAGAUUUAGAAUAACUCUAUUAAAAUUGGGAACUUGGGUUGAUUAUUCAACCGUAAGAAUACUUUUAGAUACAGAUGA